AGUCUUUUAUCAAGGCUUUUAACCAUUGUUUUAUAUUUCAAUUAAGCAACUUUGGCAACGAUUGAGCGGUUUUACCUUUGGUCUCUCUGUCCGAAGCGGUGUACACGUUCAAAUUGGAUUUUGUCGAUAACUUCGCGUGGGAUCUGAAGCGCUGUAAGGAGGAACUCUCUAACUACAGAUUGAGGAACUUCCCCUUCUUUCUCCUGGAUACCUGUCGCAGUUGCAAAUGAGAACUUGUUCUCAACUGGCCUACCUGGUUAAAUUAAAACAAUCUUACCCAAAUGCAUGAUGGGGGUCUGCCACGACUUCUGGACCCAGCACCCCCCACCUGACGCCCAUGAUGCCCAGCCCCUCAUCGCUAAACAAUGCAGUACUGAUGAUAGCCAGAAGGGGGCAGACAGAACACAGCUCAAAAAGAGACGCUGGUGUCGCAACAGCUGCCUUGGCCUGUUUCUGUUCCUGGUCGUGAUGAUGACUGUGGUCAUCCUGGAAGUUGACCUCAAAGAAUGGAUCUCACCUUCAACAACCAAGCCAGCAGCAAACAUGUCCCGAGGACCGUACCAUGUACAAUACCCACAUGAGUACUCCUUCAUCCUGGAUGAGCCAGAGAAAUGCCGGGAGCAGAACCCCUUCCUGGUUCUGAUGGUGCCAGUGGCGCCCUAUAACAGGGAGGCCCGUGAGGCCGUCCGCAGGACUUGGGGCAGUGAGAGGCAGGUACUGGGCAAAGAGGUUUGUCUGUUCUUCCUGCUGGGACUGCCCAGUGGAGAGGAGACAGAGCAGCUCCAGGAGAAGGUGCUGCAGGAGAGCAAAGAGCACCAGGAUCUGCUGCAGAGCGACUUCAUAGACAGCUACAAAAACCUGACCAUCAAGACCAUGGUGAUGAUGGAGUGGCUGAGCUCUCGCUGCCCCAACGCCUCCUACGCCAUGAAGAUCGACUCAGACAUGUUCCUCAACGUGAACACCUUGGUCAACAUGCUGCUUCACGCUCCAACGCAAAACUACAUGACUGGACUAGUGGCCCGAUGGGGAGCUGUUCUAAGAGACCGUAACUCCAAAUGGUACCUUCCAAAGGAUGUGUUUCCUGAACCAGUAUACCCACCUUAUGCUCUGGGUCUGGGCUAUGUCUUCACCUUAGACCUCCCCAGGAAGCUGGUGGAGGCGUCCAGGCAUGUUAAAGCUGUCUACAUAGAGGAUGUGUAUCUGGGACUGUGUAUGAGACACCUGGGCAUCCGGCCUACUGACCCCCCCAGUGGAAACCUUUUUCAGGGGUAUGCAGGAGCCCAGGACCGCUGUCACUACAUGGCUGUUAUCACGACCAUCCUCGACACUCCUCAGGAGCUUCUAGACAUAUGGAGACACUUGCACCAACCUGGGCCUGUCUGUUAUUGAAAACAACACUCUGGGAAAGACAAAUAGCCUUGAGGUUAGAGCGUUGGGCCAAUAACCCAAAAGGGUGAUGGUUCCAAUCCCAGAGCUGACAAAAUGGCAAAUCUGUCACUGUGCCUUUGAGCAAGCACUUAACCCCAGUGCUCCAUGGGAGCUGGACAAUGGUGUCCCUCACCGGGACCUCGCUCCCUGUGGUUGUCUUGUUUGAGCUGUGACUUUCUCUUGGAUGCUUUUCUCUGGGUGUGGUAGAGAGGGAUUGCCUUAUCUCUGUGUUUCUGUGGGUGUGGUAGAGAAGGGUCACAUUAUCUCUGUGUUUCUGUGGGUGUGGUAGAGAAGGGUCACCUUAUCCCUGUGUUUCUGUGGGUGUGGUAGAGAAGGGUCACAUUAUCUCUGUGUUUCUGUGGGUGUGGUAGAGAAGGGUCACCUUAUCCCUGUGUUUCUGUGGGUGUGGUAGAGAAGGGUCACCUUAUCUCUGUGUUUCUGUGGGUGUGGUAGAGAAGGGUCACAUUAUCUCUGUGUUUCUGGGGGUGUGGUAGAGAAGGGUCACCUUAUCUCUGUGUUUCUGUGGGUGUGGUAGAGAAGGGUCACCUUAUCUCUGUGUUUCUGCAGUGGUGGAAAAGGUACUUAAUCAUCAUACUGUAGUAAAAGUAAAGAUUCCUUAAUAGAAAAUGACUCAGGUAAAAGUGAAAGUCCCCCAGUAAAAUAUGACUUGAGUAAAUGUCUAAAAGUAUUUGGAUAUAAAUGUACUUUUUACUUUUGAUAGCAAAGCAUAAGUAUAAAUCAAUUCAAAUUCCUUAUAUUAAGCAAACCAGACGGCACUGUUUUCUAGUUUGUUUUAAUUUACAGAUAGCCAGGGACACACUCCAACACUGAGACAUCAUUUACAGAUAGCCAGGGACACACUCCAACACUGAG